UCGUGGGUUUGAAUCCCAGCCUGGGCCUUUCUGUGUGGAGUCAGCAUGUUCUCCCUGUGAUCGCGUUAACGCAGAAUCCUACGCGAUCUCUGAGUCUGAUAUUAACUUUCAUACACACACGGGCAUGCGCAUGAAUUAAACGGAAAAGAUCGAGUCAACCUUGAGAUAAAAUAUCACUAUGCGAUGCAGGCCUGUAAACUGUAUCGCACACACUGUGUCUUGAAUAAAAAGAUGCCCCCCAAAUCACAGCAGUCUAGAUCCAAGUAGCUAAUAACCGUUUUAGGAAUUGGGGUUUGCCGCAUGGACAUAUAGUUUCACUUUCACGUCAGGUACUUCACCUUAGAUGUGUAUUAAAGUCCGAAGUCCAGUAGGCUAUGAAAGCGCGCAAUGGCAGACAAGCACCACAGAGUCACGGCGUUAUUUUUCAUCUUCGCCAACUUCAAAUUUGGUGAUGUCACAUCUGAGAUCAUUGUCCAGUCUAAUGGGAACUUCACACUGCAGCCUAAUGUUCAGAGUCCCCCAGAGGACAUUUUGUGGAGGUGGAAUGAAAACAAGGUGGUUGAAUUUUACCAGAAGAAGGUGGUUGACUACGGACGGUUUAAAGGACGGACGAUGCUGGACCUCACAACGGGAGCCCUGACCCUCACACAUCUCACAGAGGCUGACAGUGGGGAGUAUGUUGGUGAGCUGCAGAUCAAGGGAGAGCUGGUGCACUAUCGUCAGACGGUGAAAGUGUUCGAUGCUGUAGGUAAACCAGCAGUCACCUGCCAAGUGAACGGCCCCUCAGUAACCCUGCUGUGCUCUGGGGGCGACAGACCAAGCAUUCAGUACAGGUGGGAGGGGCCUGCCAUACAGCCCCAGCCAGGGUCCCAGCUGAAGAUAGAGGCAGCAGAGAGCUCUGAUGCAAUCUACACCUGUGUGCUGCACAACCCUGUGGGUGAGAGCAGAACAGUCCUUCCUGUAAAGAGCUGCUUCCCUGCUCCAGGAAGCGCCUCUGUUGUGAUUUCUGUAGUCCUUGUCCUCCUCCUCAUCUUCAUCAUUGUGGGACUGCUUUUAUUUUACUACAAGAAAUUUUACAGAAAAAGACAAAAUGAAGAGGACAUGGAAGCUCAAUCUGGGGAAAAGACAAGACUGAGAGAGAGAGACCCUGAAGCUGCAGUAAAUGGUGAGCUGUAGAACAGUGUUAUUCACUCUGGCCUUAGAGCUGCAGGUGAUGACAUCACUCCCUCUGGUACUUUAUCUCCAAACUUAAAACACUGCAGCUGCAGGUUUCCUCCAAAAAAUGAACAUCUAUACAAUGUAUGCCUAUACAGUGCUCAAUGACAAAUGUAUUAAAA